CAGCCCAACUGGCAGCCCAACUGAGUCACCUACUGGAAGCCCCACGGGAACACCAACUUCUGUGCCCACCUUGGGUCCAAGCACACUCAGUCCAUCUGUCUCAAGUGGUCAUCCAAGUGCUGCUCCUUCAACUGCAGAACCCACAGGAUUGCCAACUGGCACUCCGACGGGAUCUCCCACUGGAUCUCCUACAGGAAUUCCAACUGGAAAUCCAACCAGAGAGCCCACUGAAAGUCCAACUGCAUCUCCUACAGGAACACCAACAACGUUGAGUCCGUCAGUUGGUAGUGGACACCCCAGUGCAUCUCCUACCACCUCAGUUCCUACAUCUACACCAACUAUUUCACCAACAAAGCUACCCACAUCUUCUCCCACUAGAUCACCAAGCAUGUCUCCGUCCACAGCUGUACCGACAACAGGUAUUCCAACAACAGACUUACCCACAACACAACCUAGUGAGCUCACAGUGGCCCCUACGUUACCUCUACAACCAACGGGCGUGCCAACAGCAUUACCCAGUUUUUCUCCAAGUGGAAGCUUUGCACCCAGUGCAGAACCAAGCUUUCAAGAGACUGAGACCUAUGAGCCCAGUACACUGCCAACCCGCAGUCCUUCCACAGUCAGAUUGCCUACAGUCCAGCCCACUGACUUCCCAACCACAGGUCCGACAGUGGAACCAACUGUGGGUCCAACAACUGGUCCGACAACAGAGCCAACCACUGGUCCCACAGCAGGUCCAACCAUUGAACCUACAGCAUCCCCGACAGAAUCGCCUACAGUGAGUCCUACCCAAGUACCAACAGUUGGCCCUACAUACUCCCCAACUCUGGGACCAACUGGAUCACCAACCCAUUCACCAACAGGAGCUCCUACUACAUCACCAACAGUUAAUCCAACCACAACCCCUACUGGGCAUCCAACUGCCGCCCCAACUGCCGCCCCAACUGCGGCGCCAACUUUGUCUCCAACUGCGUCGCCAACUUUGUCUCCAACUGGUCAUCCCACAGUAUCUCCAACAGUAGCACCCACAGCAAGUCCAACUGAAAAUCCAACCCAGUAUCCCACAACAUCCCCAACAGAGAUCCCUACAGCAAACCCAACUUCCAGCCCUAGCACAAUAAGUCCUACAACAAUGGGCCCCACAGUUGCAAGUGGUCACCCAAGUGCAGCACCCACAACUCUUACACCAACAAUGGAACCAAUAGAAUGUGCAGAUGUCUGGGCAUACCACCCUGAUGCGGCAAUAUCAUUUGAGGACAUUGGGUUUGAGACCUUAGGAUGGACCAAUGGAAAUUUUGACUUGUAUGCAUGUGGCUCAUGUGGUUGCCCAAUUUGCUCCUCUGGUAGCCCGCUCUGCGAAAGAACUGAAAAUGCACCAGCACCACUGGAUAGGUGCACUUGUGUUUGCCCCGGUGAAGGUUUUGAAGCCCCCAGUGACUUCUCAAGUCCAAUUGUUACAGGAUCCGUGCCACUUCCCAUGACAAUGGACCUGUAUGCGGCUGUUUCUGCUGAUGGAAGUCCAAGAGGAGAUCCAUUGGGAACUGUGCAGGUAUCUUUCACUGAUCGAACAGCGUUUGUUACGUACAGAUCUUCACCUGGUUUUGUCCUUCUGGAAACACACCUGUAUAUCGGCAAUGCAAGACUGCCUGCUUCAAGCAGCAGUGGUACCACAUUGGAUCUGGGGGGCUUUCCAAAUCAAAAGACAAACCAGAUUGAAGAAGAAAAUGUAUACGAGGUCGCAGUCAAUACAUAUGACUUCUACAUUGCUGCAAAUGCUAAGGUCUGUAGCAACUAUACCAUGGCACCAAGCACUGCACCAACAUUGACCCUGAGCCCAACAACGGAGGAACCAACAUCAUCACCAACAGGAUCGCCUACAGUUCCACCAACAGGUACCCCCACUGGAACACCAACUGGAGCUCCCACUGUUCCACCAACGGGUAGUCCAACUUCCAGAACAGAAAGCCCAACUUCCAGCACAGACAGUCCUACAAUUGCCCCAACAGUACUCCCAACCAAUGAACCCACAGGACUUCCUUCCCAAGCUCCCACUUCGACGUCUCCCACAUCAUUGCCACCAACAACAAGCCCUUCGUCUUCCCCAACUUCGUUAGCUCCAACCCCGAUCACCCCAACAACCUUGACCCCAACUUUGGUUCCCACAACAUCUAGCCCAAGCUACGAGUGUGUGCUGGAGGUGGGACUGGGCAAUCAAGACUACACUGUGGAUGCCCCAGAGAGUGAUCUGGCAUCAUUGUAUGCACCAAACUUCUCUCAGUUCCUUGGUCUGCUUGGAUCUGGAAGCAACAACAUGGGUGUUUCCAUUACCAUCCCUCCAAGCACUGGAGAAGCCAUGAAUGCUGACUUGCUCAGCAUAGAGUUCAACCUGUACCAGAUUGACGAAUGGAAUCCUCAAGACAAAAUCUUUUUGCAGAUUGGUGACAUUGAGAUUGAUCUUGGUGAGAUGGACGCCACGAGUGUCAGUGAACCCCUUGAUGGCUAUGAGGGUGGCAUCACUUGGCACCGUGACACUGUCACACAGUGUGUCAAUCUUGACUUUGGAGAUCAAAUGGAUAAGAAGCAUGUGGUGGAGCUGACAAUCCCUUCCAGCCUGUUCCCAGACAACAAGCUGGACAUUGGUUUCCGUGUUGAGACAAAUCUGGACCUUGGUUCCGAGAGUGCUGUGGUGGAUGAACUUCGCAUCACUGCUCACUAUGACUGUGAAACCUCAGGACCAGUAUCAACAUUGGCUCCUUCAGCCCCAAGCCCAACUACCUUGGCUCCCAAUGGCAUCCCCACAACCAGCAGCCCCACAACCCCAGCACCCACCAUGCUCCCCAGAUGUGCACCAACUGCUGCACCAACAUCUAUUGAACCAACUUCAGAAGCCCCAACAACAAGUAGGCCUACAUCAGAACCCACCAGCAACCCCACUGUAUCCCCAACAGGAAUGCCCACUGGGAGCCCCACUUUAGUACCAACAACAUUGGGCCCAACUGUAGCAAGUGGUCACCCAAGUGAAGCCCCAACCACGAACACCAACCAGUAG